AUGGAGGAUUGGGAUUUGCAAGCAAUUGUAAAAGGAUGCAAUGGAUCAAUUACUCCUUCAAGAACAGCAACGCUCAUGGAAGAUCCAAAUUUGGUCUCUUUUUUGAUCGAAAAAGAUGAAAUUUUAAGUUCUUGUUCAGUGUAUGAUGAGUUUGAAGGGUUGUUUGGGAGCUCCGAUGACUCUGCCUCUGCCUCUGCCUCUGCCUCUGCCGCCGCCAUUUCUGGUCUUCUCAGAGAGCUUAAGGAACCGGAAAAGCUUCAUCGGAAGAGCCAAAUCGCUGCAACUAAACAGAAACAGAGUCAGCCUCCCAUGGAGGAUUGGGAUUUGCAAGCAAUUGUAAAAGGAUGCAAUGGAUCAAUUACUCCUUCAAGAACAGCAACGCUCAUGGAAGAUCCAAAUUUGGUCUCUUUUUUGAUCGAAAAAGAUGAAAUUUUAAGUUCUUGUUCAGUGUAUGAUGAGUUUGAAGGGUUGUUUGGGAGCUCCGAUGACUCUGCCUCUGCCUCUGCCUCUGCCUCUGCCGCCGCCAUUUCUGGUCUUCUCAGAGAGCUUAAGGAACCGGAAAAGCUUCAUCGGAAGAGCCAUAUCGCUGCAACUAAACAGAAACAGAGCAAGAAAAGUCGGCAAAACAGAGUCGUGAAAGAGGUGAAAGCAGAGGGGGUGUGUUCGGAUUCAUGGGGAUGGCGGAAAUAUGGACAGAAACCGAUCAAAGGGUCGCCAUAUCCGAGAAGCUAUUAUCGAUGUAGCUCCUCCAAAGGAUGCUCUGCUAGAAAGCAAGUUGAACGGAGCCUCUCCGAUCCCGGCGCCUUCGUUGUCACCUACACGGCUGAGCACAACCACGCUGAGCCUACUCGCCGUAACGCCCUUGCCGGAACCACGAGGAAGAAGUUUCCGGCGCCGGAAAACACGAGUUUGGAUAGGUCUGUGGCGUCCGUUGAAGAAGAACAGCCAAUGGAGGGAGUUGCAGAGGGGGGAGUUAUUAUGGAUUUGCCAUUCGAAUUCUUUUCUGGUUUGGAGGAUUUUCUUUUUCAAUGA